AGUAAAAUAUACUUCUGCAUUUUUCCUUCUCACUGCAGCUAUGAAAGGGGAAAAGUUGUUUGAUAUUAGGAAGGCCUUUGAGGAAGCUCAGAAACCUCACCAAAAUCAUGCAAAAUUGGUGACAUCUUUAAAGCAUACAUAUAAUGAAUUACAGGAUAAGGACAGCUUUCAUGGCGAGUUUGUUCAUUACCUUAAGUAUGCCCUGGUACUCUACAAACGAGAACCUGCAGUAGACCAAGUGAUAAACUUCGUGGCCAAGUUUCUGGCUUCAUUUUGUAAUUCAGAGAAGGAGGAUGCUGAAGAGGAAGAAAUGGAGAACCCCUUUCUGAGUUACCUGUUCACCUUUCUCCUCGAGUCCCACCACGCUAACAGCAAGGCAGUCAGAUUUCGGGUGUGCCAACUUAUUAAUAAACUUUUGGAAAGUCUGCCAGAGAACGCUCAGAUUGAGGAUGAACUGUUUGAUCAGAUUAACAAUGCCAUGCAGCUGAGAGCAAGGGACAAAGUACCGAAUGUGAGGAUCCAAGCCGUGCUGGCGCUGUCCAGGCUUCAGGAUCCCAACGAUGACCGGUGUCCGGUUGUGAAUAUUUACAACAGUUUAAUUGAGACUGACUCCAACUCAGAAGUAAGGCGUGCUGUGUUGUCCUGCAUUGGUCCCUCAGUUAAAACUCUGUCCAAAAUUAUUGGUCGUACCAUGGAUGUAAAGGAGGCAGUCAGGAAAUUAGCAUAUCAGGUGCUGGCAGAAAAGGUGCAUGUCAAAGCUUUGACAAUAGCCCAGAGAGUAAAACUUUUGCAGCAAGGACUUAAUGACAGAGCAGCAUGUGUGAAAGAAGUGGUACAGAAACAGCUUCUACAAGCUUGGUUACGUCUGACUGAAGGAAACAUUUUAGAACUGCUCCAUCUUCUAGAUGUGGAGAGUUGCCCAGAAGUGGGCGUCCCUGCCCUUAAUGCCCUGUUCUUGCUGUCUCCGCUCCAUGACCUGAUUAAAAACUUUUCAGAACUUGAUGACAGGAAAACCAUUCCAAUAGAAAAAUUGACUGCAGAGAGUGCCUUAUAUUGGAAAACUCUUUGUGAGUACUUGAAAUCCAAAGGAGAAGAAUUCUUAGAACCUGUCUUGCCAGAGCCUGCUAUCUAUGCAGAUUAUCUGUUGAGCUACUUUCAGAGCGUUCAGGUUCUCAGCGAGGAAGAAAAGGAAGAUAUGACCUGCAUUGAACAAUUGAUGACCAAAGAAUUUAUAGGUCAGCAGCUGGUUCUGAUGAUUGGUUGCAUGGAUAUCACUGAAGAAGGAGGAAGGAAGAGAAUGCUGAGUGUCCUACAAGAAAUCCUUAUGGUUCCAGCCUCGUCAGUGUCCCUCGUACCCCAUCUGAUGGAAAAGCUGCUCUGUCUUCUCAAGGAUGAUGACAGAAGAAUCCAGAUGGUUGCUGAAAUAAUCUCAGAGGUCCGGGACGCCAUUGUGACAGUAGACAAGCAGCGAGAUGCAAGCAAGAUAAGAAAACAAGAGCUUAAGCUGUCGGAAAUAAAAGUGAAACUUAUCGAAGCAAAGGAUGCUCUGGAGAAGUGUGUGGCCGUGCAAGACUUCGGCCACGCCUCUGUGUUAAAAGAGAGGAUUAUAGAGCUGGAAGGCGUGAAGAGCGGCCUGUUGAAAGAGGCGGAGGAAUCUGAAACCAAAGAGAUAUGCGUGGAAAAGAGUGAUCCAGAAACACUUUUGAAGUGCUUGAUGAUGUGCAAUGAACUUCUGAAGCAGGUCUCGCUUUCCAAAGGAUUAGGACCCACAUUGGAUGGAAUAAUUGAAUCCCUGAUCAUUCCAGGAAUUACUAAUACCCAUCCCGCUGUACGAAAUAUGGCGGUGCUGUGCUUGGGCUGCUGUGGCCUGCAGAGCAAGGAGUUUGCGAGUCAGCACCUCACCUUGCUGUUGCAAAUAUUGCAAAUUGAUGAAAUGAAGAUAAAAUUGAGCGCUUUGAAGGCAGUCUUUGACCAGCUAAUGAUAUUUGGAAUAGAACCCUUCAGAGACAGAAAGGGGAAAGAUGUUCAGACUGAAGAUGAAGAAAAUGAAAGUGAGACUGCUAAGGAAGCAGAGGAAAAAACAGCUACUGCUCACAACCUUCUUCAGCUUCUUUCUGGGUUUCUGGAUAGCGAGUUUUCAGAACUUAGAACGGGAGCUGCGGAGGGCCUGGCGAAGCUCAUAUUUUCUGGCCGGCUAAUCAGCCCUAAAGUUCUUUCUCGGUUGAUUCUGUUGUGGUAUAAUCCGGUGAUGGAAGGGGACACCCAGCUCCGACAUGCCUUGGGAGUUUUUUUCCCGCUGUUUGCAUAUUCAAAUAGAACUAAUCAGGAGUGCUUUGAAGAAGCUUUCCUUCCAACGCUGCAAAUAUUAUUUAAUGCCCCAGCGUCAUCACCAUUGUCAGAAGUUGACGUAGCUAAUGUUGCUGAACUUCUGGUGGAUCUGACAAGGCCCAGUGGAUUGAAUCAACACCCUCGGAGUUACCAGGGUCCGACAGUUCAUGAUAAUUUAGCACUGAAAAUAUGCAAUGAAAUUUUGAUGGAUCCAAGCUCGCCAGAUGUCCGGAUCUACGCAAAGCCUUUGUGUUCUUUAGAACUCAGUAAGGACUUCACAAAAGACCUCAUGGAUUUACUUGAGGAUAUCUCUGAGAAAGUAAAAGAUAAAAUGUGUUUAAAAAUGAUUGUGAAAGUGAAGAACAGCUUAAACAAGGGAAGCCACAUUGGUGGACAUGUUUCUAAAGAAAGGGACGUCGCGGAAGUAACGGAAGAAAAUUCUGACUGCAAGGAACCAUCUACUGACUGGAACGAGGAAGGUAAUAACGAAAUCGCUCCCACUGAAGAGACAGAGGACACGCCUCUAAAGCCAAGAUUGACAAGAAGCAGAGCAACAAAAGGUCCAAGAAAAACAGAGGUGCAGACUGAGCACAGAAGAAGUUCUAGAAAUUCAGUGUCCAAAAGCGGAAGUGGGAGAAAAACUCAGCAGCCUGUUUCCCUGGUGCAUCCGAGACCAUCCUGCCGAGCCAAAACUGCAGCUCUUGCAAAAACCAGAAUGGAUCUCUCCAAGCUUCUAGACAAAGAAUAGGUUAACCAAAUCUGUCUGUCACUGAACUUUGCUUUAUGUGUUGCAUAAAAAAAGAUCUUUGUAAGGUGAUACAUUUCAAACAAAGAUAUCUCUUUGCUGUUCCUAUUUUU